GGCGCGGCGCGGGUCUGCGGGCGGUCCGCGGCUCCCCGCUUGGAGCCCGCUGGUGUCUGCGGCGCGUUUAGGUACCGAGCGAUGUGACGGCGACUUGGCUCAGCUAGUGGCAAAAGCUGAUAAGGCAGCAAGCGCAUCGGACUUACCCGGCUGCUUCUGUUUAUUUAUUUAUUUAUUUACUUUUAAUUGUAAGCCACACGCUUUUAUUUCACUUAGAUUAGCGGGAUAAAAGGGAUAGGAGCAUUGCUCUUUUUCGUAGAGCAAAGGCCCUGUCACAAAAGUUAGCAAUGAAUUUAAUGAGCUAAGUGUUGCAAACUGUGUGGCACUAAUGUUUAAUGAAGUGUUUGUUCUCUUUAAAUGCUUAUAGAACAGCAAAUACAGCUUUGAAGACCAUGUUGAUUAAAAAAAAAUAGGAACUAUAGUGAAAGGCUAAGGUAGCGCUUUCUGGCUCUCAGUGUGACUUUUCUUAGUGUUAAGUAAGUACUGAGUAACCUGGACUAUUUCAGCCAACUUUGCUUUUAAAUCCUUUUCAAGUAGGCUAAUCAUGAUGCUAUACAAAAUUUUCUAUAGUACACAUUAUUUUCCAGUCUCUACAGAUAGCUACCAACAGAACUCAGACUCAGUUUAUGCUGCUGUUUACCGGUCUGUAGGGUGGAUGCAUGUCUCUAACAUGAUGCAAAACUGAGACUGGUUUUGGCAGUGAUAAACCGAUAUGAAGUUAAGCAAGCAGUCAUUAAGCAAACCCAUUCCUUGCCAGAUACUGAUAUGGUUGGUUUGUCUUGUAUGAGGAUGCUCCGCUUUCCUGUCAUGUCAUGACUAACUUGAUUGGGAACAAGAAAAAAAAUGUGCCUCUACCAGAUGUCUGUUGAGGCAAAGUCCUGUGUGAAAGUUGUACGAGCAGCCUCACUCUGCUUGUGGAGCUUCUGUGGCUCAGGCACCUGAGACUAACCUUUACUGGUGUAUGGUGCAUGGCUGCUAAACUGAUUUGCUGUUUUCUUCCAAAAUAACAACCCUUUUUUUGGAAAGUGACUUUUUCAGCUUAUUUUAAACAAGUGGUGUGAGAAAAUGUAGAGUAUCUUGUGGGAGUUCUAUGAAGUCAGUCUCUUCUGUUCUUAAAGAAAAAAAAAAACCCUGUCACUGGUAGCCACUGUGCACGUCUUGCAUUGAGUGUAGAUAAGACAACAUGUUCAAUGACAAGCGCUGAGUGUCAUUUAAGGUAUAGGUCCACAGCUCUUGGGGCUCCCAGUUGGCAUUGUAUAUCAGGUGUGGGGCAUCGGGGUGGCUGCAGAUAUGGUUUGUAUUGAUCAGGGAGUGUCUAGCAAAGUCUAAGUUCAGAUUAUUCUCUAGGUAGUUUCUUUGUGUGUUGUAUGUAGCGUGGAGUCUGGUUUUGCUGUGUGUGUUUUUCUUCUGCAGCAGGUAUGUAUGUACUGGUUUAUGUUUAAAAAUAUACUGACACCAAAAUUAUGUUAGUAGUCAUGCUAAACUUACUAUGUAGCAUUGAAAUUAAUUUGUGGGGUUCUUUUAAUUACAAGAUUACCCAAUCUUUAAAUAUCAGUUGUUAUAUUAUGAGGAAUUUGAAUUGUAAGGCUGGAGGAGGACUACAGAAAACUUUAUUUUUGUUAGUCUGGUCUUCAUUGGAAUUGAGUAACGAAUGAGUUGAGUUGGGUAGUAUCAUGUAAAUUUGUGCUGAGCAUUGUCAAACUUGAGACGGAACUUAAAAUGCUGAUCACCACAUGUGCAGCUGCUCAACUGAUGAUGUUCCUAUUAAAGAAACCUUGGACUAGAAACUGUGUAAAACUUGUAUGUUAGACUGCAGAGGUGGCCAAACCUCAUGACCGUCCAGCUUCAUACUGGAUCUUUUUGUGGCAGAGGAACACUGCAUACCUUGGAGCUGGGAUGUGUAAGACCUCUGAGAAGCUUACAGUGCCCAAGAUGUAUGCAGUGUGAUACAAAAUUUGACUUCAUAACUAGAAAGCAUCACUGUCGAAGAUGUGGAAAGUGCUUCUGUGACAAGUGCUGCAGUAAAAAAGUGCCUCUGCCUCGCAUGUGCUUUGUGGACCCCGUGCGCCAGUGUGCUGAAUGUGCCCUCAUCUCUCAAAAAGAAACAGAGUUUUAUGACAAACAGCUUAAAGUGCUCAUGAAUGGUGCUAUGUUCUUUGUAACUCUGGGAACAUCAGAUAAAUCUGAGCUAAUGCUAUGUCGACUGUCCAACAAUCAGAGAUAUCUGGUUUUGGAUGGAGACAGCCACUAUGAAAUUGAAAUUGUACAGAUUUCAACAGUUCAGAUACUUACAGAGGGAUUUACUCCUGGAGGAGGUAAUACUCGUGCCAUAGGUAUGAUUCUGCAGUACAGGGUACCAGGAGCAGAAGAGCUCACACAGAUGAAAUUUACAGCUAGUGAAGACUUCAGCUCUAACAAGAAGCUGUCAGCAACCUGGCUGGCAGCUAUGCAUAAGGCAACAAAACUUCUUUAUGAGUCCCGGGACCAAUAAGAACAGCAAACUGUUGGCAAUUUGAGGGAAGACACCAACCUCUAAGGACCUGCCUCUCACUUUUUUGCUAAUCUGACAGCUGGUAACAUUUGCCAUUCUUGACCCCUUCUCAUUCCAAUGUGGUUCAUAAUGUAAGAACUGGCCAAUGCAAUGUAUUUUUUUUGAACCAUGAGUAUUCACUAUAGUGUGCAAUAUGUAUACAAUUAAUGCUUUAAACAGCCUCACCUUUUAAGACUUUGUAUAUUUUGUUAAACCUUUAUUGGCACUUAAUAUGAAAUAUGAAAAAAUGACCUGCACUACAGCUAAUGUACAGCACAACUUUUAUAGUAACAAUUAUGUAUAGUUUGCCACAAAAAGCAAACUAAUGUGUAUGUCUCUUCUGCAGAGAAUAGCUUUUUGGUAUAGAUCUCAGGUUUUCCCCUCUAUCCAAAUGUUUAAAAUCAAUGUACAAUAAAAUCUGCCUUAGAUAUGAUUUUAUAGAAGUUACUUCUUGGUUUUCUAAACAUAUUUCACCAGAUACCACAAAAUCAGACUUUCAUAAACAUGAUCCUGAAAAUUCCCUUCUGUAAUAAAUAAGCUUCUGUAAUAAUGUUUAGUUUUGUAUUUUCUUUAUGGUAACUAGUUUUUGUUAAUCUAACUGUAAUGCUAUCUGGAAUUGUAUACAUUUUAAUGUACAAAUAUGGAAUAAAUUAAUUCAGUUAUUUAAAUAA